GCCGCCGCCCGCCCGUCCGGUUGUUGCCAUGGUGACCGCGUUCCCGGCAUGCACCGCGGGCGCCCCGGGGACUACAGCUCCCGGCGUGCCCCGCGGCGGAGCCCAGGGAAGCCCCGAUCCUGGGAUCCAGGAUGAGGAGUGCCAUGGGGUGCCGGGUCCUGCUGGCCCUGGUGCUGUGGAUCCCAUUCCUCAUGGGAUCGGCCGGGGACGGAGCCAGGGAUGACCAGGAGGGAUUCCGGGCACAUGCUGCCACCUCCGAUGACCUACUGAUGCGGCUGGGAAGAGCCACUUGGGACACCCUGGAAAACUGGGUGGGACCCCAGCCCCUGCAGRUGGUGGCAGAGAGUCUCUCUGCCACCCUCUGGAUUGUUUCCUCCGGGAUUUCAGCAGCCCUAACCACGGUCUGUGGGAUCCUGGGGGAUCUCCUGGCCGCUUCCAGCUUCAGUGGCCACCGGCUGGUCCGAGCAGCGGCGUUGGCUCCCGGAGAAGUCCAGAGGGUGCUUCUGUGGGCUGUGGCUGCCCUGCUGGGAUCCUGGGUGCUAUCCCGGCUCCGAGGGCUGCUGCUCCCGCUAUUCCGCGGCUUGAAGCUUUUCCUCUUCCUCGGAGCUUUCCUGCACGUGGCUGCRUCCCAGGAGAACCCCACAGCGCAGGCGGGAAUGCUGCUGGGCCUGUGGGUGCUCUAYGUCCUCCUGGGCAGCCUGGUGGCAUCUCCAGAUCCCAGUGCCCGGCUGGAUGCGGCUGUGCGGAGCCUGGAGUGGAAGGUGGAGGAGCUGCGGCGGCGCCAGAAGUUUGGGGGGCCCCGGAACCGGGAGGAUUGAGCCCCACAAAGCUCCCGCAAAGCUUGGCUCUGUUAUCCCAAGCAUCCCAAGUAUGUGUCCCCACCCUCUGCUGUGCCCCCUCCUCUGCUUCCCGGUUCUCCCAGGGGUCCUGGGAGUCCCCCGUCCCUCUGGGAGCACCCCAAAAUCGGGGGCCGUGCCUUGCCACAUAUGCCACAAGUGCCUUCACCACAAAUGCCCCCAGGAGCUCCAAAUCCAGGAGAAGAGCUCCYGCAUUCCCUGCUCGCCGGGGAUGCUGUCCCAAUCUAGCCAGCUCAGGGUACAGAGGGGAUCCCAUUCCCCAUCCUGGGGGCUCUGCUUGUUUUGGGGUCCCCCCACUGUCAGGUUUUGGGUUUAAAGCUGCUUUUUAAACGGUUUUGAUAAAGGAAUAAAGAUGGAUUUA